AUGGAGAUGAGCCCUGCGUGCGACACGUGUCUUUGGGCGUCGGGGCUGACGCUGAGCACCGAAGGCAAAAUGACGAGGAACGACGCCGAAGAUGGACGGCGGGAAGCAGACCCUGACCAACAACGAUCCUCUUGCGUCGACCAACGGUCCCGACGACAGGAGCUGUCGUGGCAUAGGCAACGGAGUUCACGACAUGGUCCAUCGCACAACCCACCACAACCACGAAGCGGAAGCGUUCGCUACCUCAGGAGAGCACCAACCGAUCGACCGCCCGACCGACCAACCGACCGACGGACGAUGAAUGUCAACGAAGAACGACGAUAG